AUGAUGAAGUGGCUUUCAAUUGCUUUGGCUCUCGCCGGGCCUUCGCAAGCGGCGCUUCGUUUUGGAUGCUCAACUCUGUCGAUCCAGCGUCUUGAUCCUCUUGUCGAACCUGGCCGUCUCCCGUCGUCACACGUCCACCAAAUUGUCGGUGGAAAUGCGUUCAAUGUUACCAUGGAGGGUGAUAUUGGCGAGCAAGGUAGCUGCACGACAUGCACAUUCAGCGAAGACUUUUCCAACUACUGGACGGCCGUCCUGUUCUUCAAGCACCCCAACGGCACCUACAAACGUGUGCCCAUCAUGCAGAAUUCUGCACUGCCCAACGGUAUCAAUGGCGGCAUGACCAUCUACUAUACGCAGCAGGACUUUUUCUCGAACGGCAACCAAAAGAUCACUGCGUUCAAGCCUGGCUUCCGUAUGACUGUCGGCUCUCCCACCACCAACAAUCUCAACGACGCCAAGGGUCACGUUGGGCUACGCUUCGUGUGCUUGACCGACAAGAAUACGCGUUUCCCCGAGUUACCUGACUUUCCAACUAAGCCCUGUAAGGGCGGCAUCAUGACGGUGCACCAUUUCCCGUCAUGCUGGGACGGCAAAAACCUCGACUCGCCCGACCACCAGUCACACAUGUACAACACGGCUAAGGAGGCGUUCUCUCCCGCUGGGCCCUGUCCAGCAUCGCACCCGGUACGCAUGCCACAGGUGGCGUACGAGACGCUCUGGGAUACAACCCAGUUCAACAACAUGUGGCCAAAGGACGGAUCGAACCCCUUCGUGCUGAGCUAUGGCGACAACAAGGGAUACGGAACCCACGCGGAUUAUGUGUUUGGAUGGAAGGGAGACUCGCUCCAGAAGGCGAUGGAUUCAAGCUGCAUGUUCAACGCGUGCGAGAAUGGCCGGCCGCUGAAGAGCCAGAACGUGCAGGCGAUGAACAAGUGCGCCGUCAAGAACAUGGUGAAUGAAGAUCUGGAUUCAUGGCUCAAAGUGCUGCCUGGUCAGGCGAUGUGAGGUGGUGCUCUGGCAGCCUCUUGCUUUGUGAUGGUUGAGGUUUGAUGUCGCGGACUGUUCAAAGAUAGGACGAAAAGUUGUGGAUGAUGGAUUAGGUUAACGAUGGUGGACUGGAGGUGGACGACCUGUGACACUUCGCAUGCGGGGUUGUUGACGUGCUCUUCAGAAGUGCAAGCUAGAACGAGCAAUGGCUGUGUGCUGGAGUUGAUUCAUCCUUGUUUGCGGCUCUCGUCAAUUUUUUUUCCUGUUC